AUGCACCUCCUUGGCCCUUCGCUCCUGCUUCUUGGAUAUUUGGUUUUCUCUGACUCAACUUAUAAUUCCUGGACGUUUAAGCAUCCUAAGACCCUCUAUGCCUGGGAUGGAGCCUGCGUCUGGAUCCCUUGCACAUACAGUUCGCUACAGGGUGGUGGACACAUCCUAGAUAACCUGACUGUGUACCACAAUUUUACAUAUAACAAGAUGGCCAAGAACUACAUUGGGACCAUCCUGUAUUCUAAGAACCUGACAACUGAGGAGUCUACCUCCAGUCAGGAAAGGGUACGAUUCCUGGGAAACCGCAGAAACAACUGUACGCUCCUCAUUAAUCCUGUCAGAGUCGAUGACAGCGGUCUUCUGGGGCUGAGGGUGAUGUCGAGGACUGACAAAUGGAUGGCGUCUCUAAACCUCAGCAUCUCUGAGAGGGCUCCUCAACCCCACAUAGAGCUCCCUCAGGAAAUCCGGGAGGACCAGGAAGUCACUGCCACCUGCUCGCUGAAUUUCGCCUGCCAUGAUUACCAGAUCCAUCUGCAGUGGUCCCUGGAGGGGUCUGUGACCACUUCUACCAUCCUCUCCACUGAGACAGUCGCCACCCAGAGCAACCUCAGUUUCCAGCCCAGCUGGACUCACAAUGGCAAGAACCUGACCUGCCAGCUCUGGGACCCCAUGAAAAAGCGGCUACUCUCGGAGAAAACAGUGUUGCUGGAAGUGAAGUAUGCACCAAAGUUGAAGAUCCAGGUCAGCCCUGAAGAAGCCACCGUCACAGAGGGAGAGUCUGUGACCAUGAGGUGCCAGGUCAUGAGCAACCCGCCGCACAAGAAUGUGUCCUGGUUCAAGGACAGGGUUCGACUGAAGGAGCAGGGGACAACAGUCACUCUGCCCGAAGUGACCAGGACGAUGAGCGGGCAGUACACGUGCCAGGUCUCCAAUGAAGUGGGCACAAGACGGUCAGACGCAGUGGAUCUCCAGGUGCACUAUGCUCCAGAACCUUCCUCGGUUCAGGUCUCCCCCUCGUCAAUUAAAGAAGGAGUUACAGUAGAGCUGGCUUGUAUAUCAGCAGCCAACCCUCCUCCAGCUAAUUACACUUGGUACUUCAAUGGCCAGGAAAUGCUUGGAAAGAACGGCAGGACCUUCCAGAUCCCUCAAGUCCUCAUCAAGCAUGCUGGGAGGUACUCCUGCUUGGCAGAAAAUAGUCUUGGGCCUGGAUCUGUUGACCAGGAAGCUGACUUGGACGUCCAGUAUCCCCCCAAGGGGGUCACCACGGUGAUUCAAAACCCCACACUGAUUCGGGAAGGAGACAGUGUGACCCUGUCCUGCACCUUCAAUUCCAGUAACCCCAGAGUUACUCGAUAUAACUGGAACAGCCCAGGCUCCCAAGACCAAACAUCACAGGAAAAGCUGACGAUUCAGAAAGUCACCUGGGACGCAGCGCCAGUCAAAUGCGAAGCCUGUAACCAGUGGUGUUCGUGGUCUCCCUCUGUCAGCCUGAAUGUCCACUAUGCUCCCAAGGACGUCAGCAUCCAGAUCAGCCCUCAUACAGAGGUCCGAUCUGGGGAGCAGGUCCUCCUCCGGUGUGAGUUCUCAAGUAGCCAUCCCGAGGAUGUCCACUACUUCUGGAAGAAAGAUGGAAACCUUCUUGAGAAACGGAAGACACUUACCUUUGACUCCAUCUCUCCAGAAGAUUCGGGAACCUACCACUGCUUGGUCAACAACUCCAUUGGACAGACCUCAUCUGAGGCCUGCGAGCUCCGAGUGCUGUAUGCUCCCAGGAGGCUGCGUGUGUCCAUCAGCCCGAAAGACGGCGUGGUGGAGGGAAAGAUGGCAGUCCUGACCUGUGAGAGCGACGCCAACCCUGCCCCCUCCCACUACAACUGGUUUGAUGGGAAUAACCAAGACCUCCACCAUUACGGUCAGACGCUGAGGCUGGAGCCCGUGAAGCUGCAGCACUCAGGCAGCUACUGGUGCCGGGGGGCCAACCGUCUGGGCCAGAGCCAGUCGCCCCCCACCACCCUCACUGUCUACUACAGCGCUGCCACCAUCAGCAGACGUGCGGCCUUGGGAGUGGGGUUCUGCCUGGCCAUCUUCCUUCUGGCCAUCUGGGGAGUCAAGCUUCAGCGGAACUGGAAGAGGAUUCAGAGACAGCAGGGCCUUCAGGAAAGUUCCACUGGACAGAGCUUCUUUGUGAGGAACAUAAAGGCUAGAAGGACCCCCCAAGCUGAACGCCCCCACUCCCUGGGGUGCUACAACCCCGUGAUGGAAGAUGCAGUCAGCUAUGCUACCUUGAGCUUUCCUCUUGGAGAGGCUGACACACAGAGACUUAGAGACGCAGAGAGCUCAGAGAUGAGGGAAAUUCCCCCAAGCAGGGACGACAGCGUCACCUAUGCUGUGGUGCAGAACCGUCAAGUGGCCGACUAUGAGAACGUGACUCCGGAGGUCCUAGACGAUGAGGGCAUUCAUUACUCGGAGCUGGUCCACUUUGGGAAUGGGAAGCGGGCGCUGGCCCAGGAAGGAGUGGAAUACGUGACCCUCAAGCACUGA